GUUCGCACUCCUGUUCUGCAUAUCUCUUGCCCUAGCAUAGAUAGUGCCUUGAGAGGAAUAAAUGUGUGGCAUACUUGGUCUUCUUCUGCAUGAUCCAAGCAUCGAUUGUGCCGCCGAAAUCUGCGAAGGUCUCUCGUUGCUCCAGCAUCGUGGACAGGAUGCCUGUGGUAUAGUCACUUGCGGCUAUAAGGGUCGUUUGUAUCAGUGCAAGGCCAAUGGCAUGGUUCGGGAUGUCUUCGACAAGUCUGCAUUGAGCAGGCUUUCUGGUGGAAUGGGUGUGGGACAUGUCCGCUACCCUACAGCUGGGAGCUCAACCCAUGCCGAGGCCCAGCCAUUCUACGUCAACUCACCUUACGGGAUUGUCUUCGCUCAUAACGGAAACCUCAUUAACACCGCUGCAUUACUCCAAUUUAUGGAUGCAGAGGCGCACAGGCAUAUCAACACGAAUUCAGAUUCUGAGCUUCUAUUGAAUAUCUUCGCCGAUAACCUUCAGAAGACUGGUAAAUUUCGUAUCAAUGAGGAGGAUAUAUUCACGGCGAUCGGUGGCCUAAUGGAGCAGUGCAUAGGCGGGUAUGCAUGUGUGGCAAUGUUAGCGGGCUUUGGGAUAAUCGCAUUCCGUGAUCCCAAUGGUAUUCGCCCAGUAGGAAUGGCGAAACGCAGCACUCCAGGUGGACGUGAUUACAUUUUUGCCAGCGAAAGCGUCGUCGCGGAUGCAAGCGGAUUUACUGGUUGGGAGGACGUAAAGCCUGGUGAAGCCGUGAUUAUCACACGCUCACAAGUAUCUAGGCGUCAAGUAGGGAUUGCCUCAACCUUCGCGCCUGAUAUCUUCGAAUACGUAUAUUUCGCUCGCCCAGAUUCCGUACUCGACGGAGUGAGCGUAUACAGAAGCCGCAUGGCCAUGGGCGAUCUUCUUGCCGACGAAGUCAGUAGAAUUCUUGAAAACCAUCGGAUUAGUGUUGACGUUGUCAUUCCUGUCCCAGAUACAUCACGAGUUGCUGCCCUCAAUCUUGCGCAGAAGCUUGGAUUGCCGUACAGGGAAGGUUUCAUAAAGAACCGCUAUGUUGGACGCACAUUUAUUAUGCCGGGUCAGCAAAUGCGACGACAAAAUGUGCGACGGAAGCUGAAUGCAAUGGCACUUGAAUUCUCCGGCAAGAAUGUUCUGAUUGUUGAUGAUUCAAUUGUCAGGGGAACAACAUCAAAGGAAAUUGUACAGAUGGCAAAAGACGUAGGUGCCAAGAAAGUUAUCGUCGCGAGCUGCGCACCACCUAUUCGAUAUUCUAACGUAUACGGAAUCGACAUGCCUUCUCGUGCGGAACUCGUAGCUCACGGCCGGGACACGACAGCCAUUGCCGAGUUCAUCGGCGCAGACCUUGUUAUCUUUCAGACGCUGCCGGACCUCAUUUCAGCGGUCCGCCAAUUCAAUCCAGAAAUACCCAGUUUUGACUGCUCCGUCUUCACCGGCGAAUAUGUGACUGGCGGUGUUGACGAGCCAUAUCUCCAGCAUCUGGAGAGACUCCGCGCAGAUAAUGUAAAGAAUAAGGGUCAGGUUAAUCAACUUUCGGCGAUAGAAGGCAGGGGCGGAGGUGCCCUGUCACACAAUGGGUUCACUCCUAGCGGCGAUGCGAAUGGGCUGAGAGAAACACCUGUUGCGAGUAGUGGUCCAUUGAAUGGUGCCGAUGACACAGUCGGGCUUCACAACAGUUGGACAGGCUCACGAUAGGCCAUAUCAGUGUGGAAAUAUCCCACGCGCCUUCCUUUUAACUCCUCGCUGCAUCAGCCUCCUUAUAGGUAUCAACGAAUUAGACAUGACUUAGAGCUGACUUUGAGCAAUGAGUCCUCUGCUUCUUGUUAAGUCACGUGCUCCACUAGUAUUCUUAUGUAAUUUUAUGUACUACAUGCUU